GAGCUCCCAUCUCCUGCUUCUGUCGCCGCCGCCGCCGCCACCUCCGCCGCCGCCAACCCCGCUCAGAGUCUGUGCCACCCACCAACAGCAUGCCGUCCAAGGGGCCGCUCCAGUCCGUCCAGGUCUUCGGGCGAAAGAAAACUGCCACCGCUGUGGCCCACUGCAAGAGAGGCAAUGGGCUGAUCAAGGUAAACGGACGCCCACUGGAGAUGAUUGAGCCUCGAACCCUGCAGUACAAGCUGUUGGAACCUGUCCUCCUACUGGGCAAGGAACGGUUUGCUGGUGUAGAUAUCCGGGUCCGAGUGAAAGGAGGAGGCCAUGUCGCUCAGAUUUAUGCUAUCCGGCAGUCCAUCUCCAAAGCUCUGGUGGCCUAUUAUCAGAAAUAUGUGGACGAGGCUUCCAAGAAGGAAAUCAAAGACAUCCUUAUCCAGUAUGACCGGACUCUGCUGGUGGCUGACCCCCGUCGCUGCGAGUCCAAGAAGUUUGGUGGACCUGGAGCCAGGGCUCGCUACCAGAAAUCCUACCGAUGAGGCAACUGCUAGGAUUGUGGGUCUUUUUGCAAUAAAUUGGGUAUACGACCUUUUAA